GGGCAGGAGGAGAAGGGAAGGAGAAGCAGGGUUGAAGAACAAAAUGGUCAAACGAUGCCUGUAGGAGCAGAAGGUGGGAUUGUGCAGGAGAAGGAGGAAGAGGAGUGUGAAGAAGAGUAGGGACACAGGAAGAGGAAGCGGUACAAGGUUCCACCCCUCUCUGUAUCUGCAGCUCUCCCAGCCCCAGGAGUGUUGCACCCCCACAUGCAGCAGAUGACCGGGGAGGGAGAUCCAUGACUUUCACUGGGCUGAAUCUUGGUGUUUCUGAGCUUUUUUCUGCUAAAUGUUGGUACUUUGGUUUUUUGCAGGGGCUGAAUCUUUCUCUUUUGGAGGGGGUUUUGGCUGAAUCUUUAUGUUUGGGGAGUUUUUGAUCUGUGCUGUGAUGUUUGGAGGAUAUUUGGGCUGAAUGUUGUUUUUUUGGGGGGUUCUUACAGACACAAGUUGCCCAAUGACUUCCUGAGAUGAACUUGGGCAAGGAGGAACCCCCAGUCCAAGGCGGUCUCCUCUUGUUUUUUCCCCCAAACCAGGAUUUUUCAUUCCCAAACCGAGGCCAGAUGGGGGAGAAGGAAAAGCUGUGGAGAUGCCGCACAAGGAGGGGCUGCAAACCCAGCCCAGGGAGCUGCGAGGAAAAAGGACUCCCCCUCUCCUGGGAAGGCGACCAGAGAUCCAUCCGGAGCUCAGAGCAGGGGGAGAAGCCUCAUGGUGUGGAGAAGCCCCACAAGUGCUUGGAAUGUGGGAAGGAUUUCAGCCACAGCUCUGGCCUGCUCCAGCACCAAAGUGUCCACACUGGGGAAAAGCCCUACAAGUGUGGGGAAUGUGGGAUGAGCUUCAGACGGAGCUCCUAUCUGAUCCGGCACCAGAGGAUCCACACUGGGGAAAAGCCCUAUGAAUGUGGGGAAUGUGGGAAGAGCUUCAGCCAGAGGUCCAACCUGAGGUAUCACCAGAGGGUCCACACCGGGGAACGGCCCAAUGAGUGUGGGGAAUGUGGGAUGAGCUUUAGCAUGCUUUCCAGCCUGAUAUAUCACCAGAGGGUUCACACUGGGGAAAAGCCCUACGAAUGCAGGGAAUGUGGGAAGAGCUUCAGGAACAGCUCCAGCCUGAUCCAGCACCAGAGGAUCCACAGUGGGGAACGGCCCUACACCUGCUUGGAAUGUGGGAGAAGCUUCGGGCGGAGCUCCAGCCUUAGAUAUCACCAGCUCAUCCACACUGGGGAGAGGCCCUACGAGUGUCCUGAAUGUGGGAAGAGGUUUCAGACCACCUCCACUCUCAUCAAACAUGAGCGGAUUCACACAGACGAGAGGCCCUUCCGCUGCCCCGACUGCGGGAAGGGCUUCAAGCAAAACUCCAACCUCACCGUCCACCGGCGCAUCCACACUGGGGAGAGGCCCUACGAGUGUCCCCAGUGUGGGAAGAGCUUCUCACAGAGCUGUAACUUGACCCAACACCAACGGAGGCACCACUAAGGGAAGCCCUGUGAGUGCCCCGAGUGCGGGAAGAGCUUCGUGUGCUGCUCCAGCUCCAUCCCCCAUGGGAGGAUCCCCAGUGACCCCUGUUGGGCAGAGCCCUGGUGAUCCGUGUUGGGAAGACACCUGGCUGGGAGGCUCCACAUCUUCCUGACUCCCUGUGAGCACCUGGAUGAGCACAGGGGAGGAACAUGCAUUGGGACACAGACCAACAAUGGGAAUUCCUUGGGGAGAGCGGAUUUGUUGACUUUCAAUCCUAGAGAACCUUUUGCUCCUGCCUCAGGAGCUCUGUUGGCAGAGAAAAGGGCAUGACACCAGACUGGGGGAAGCACACACACUCUGUGGGAGGGAGACACGAGCCCCGGGACCCCUCCUCACCUUCUUGCACAGUCAGAAGGUGAACCCCAGUGCCAGGAAGAUGAAGCCCAACAAGGAGCCCCCAAUCCCCGUCAGCAUCUUGCUGUGGGUGUCAUCCAAAGGCAUGUCUGGGAGGUCUGCACGGGUCAGGAUCCCCCCCAAAACCUCUCACAGAUGCCCCAAGCCCCUCCAGGGAUCCUCCCAGUCUCCCACAGCUCACCCAGGACCCUCUGAAACCUGCUUUGGAGUCACUAAUUUUAAAAUAUGAUGAAUUAGAGAAAAAUUAGAGAUCUUAGCUAGAGACAGGCCUUGCUGGAACUAGUUAGUGUCAAUGAUUGAGUUAGAAGCAGAACUUGAGAUAAUCAAUCUCAGUCUUAGGUAAAAAAUUACUUGUCAUUGUAUGUUUGUUUAGAUGUGCUUAUAAUGAGAAAAGAGAAACUGAUGAACGUGUUCAGGAAGAUCACAGACCUUACAUCUGGAAACCCAUUUAAAAGUGACAAGGGAGGAAACUGGAGUUGUACCAAAUGUCAUUUGUAAUGUCAACCACUGUAAAGGUAGAAAGGUGAGAGUGAGGAAGAGCAGUUUUCCUUCAUCUUUUGAUGACCCCUCCUCACUAAAACGACCCCCUCCUCAAAUUAGGGAGCCAACCACGCAGUCAUCAUGACUUCUUAAUCUCAUUACCAUGCUUUUUAAUCCAAGGUGGGGAAUGGGAGGUGUUAGCAUUGUGAAUAUGUAUUAGUAUUUUGAAUAUUCAAGACUUUUGUAAAUAAAUACACGCUGGAAUCUUUUGUCAGGUUGCAGUGCGUAUAAAGGGGAUGACUCCCGCACUCGCCCAGUGCUGUGAUUAAACAUCCACUUUGUAACUUUAAA